AUGCGCUUCACCGGAGCCCUGCCUGCCGCCGCUGCCAUCCUAGCACUUGUCUCGGAUGGCGCAUUGGCGACUCCAAACGGGGGUGGCAAGCCGGCCAGGGUCGACCCCAAUGCUCAGGGUGCGUCCGUCCAGGGCGGGUCUCCCAGGGCCGGGUCCCCCAGGGCCGGGUCCCCCAGGGCCGGAUCCUCCGGAGUUGGGUCCUCCGCAGCCGCCAGAGUGAAAGAUGUGAAAGACUACAUGCCCCGUCGUCCGACAACAGAUAAACAGUUGCUCGACAGGUAUAAAAAAGACAUGCUUGUUCCACUCCCGCCGGGCAACAUACAGCUCCCGGCCGGCGUGGACCCGAACAAGGUGCCAGGGCCCAAGUCAAGGUCCGCGCCCGAUUUCAAUCUUGACGAGACUCCGUGCAAGAUUUGGAUCGACCUUCCCACAAAUCCGCUCGGAGGGAAUGGGAGAGACUAUGCAGAGGGAUACGUAGCGCCUGGAGGUUUUGCUCGCUUUGGCGAUUUCAUUUGUCAAGCUUCCAAAACGUGCAUAAAGCCUACCUGCUUUGAAAUGCCGUAUGGAUUCAGAUAUGGUGCUCACCACAUGAAGUAUGAAUUCGAUUUGUCGUUCCAACAGGGCCGGAUAAGCGUGGAAGAGGCAGAAGUCAAUUUACGGAAGUUAAAGGAAUAUCAAGAACAGGACGCGAAGAAGAGACGCGAAUGGGAAGCGGCAAACCCCCCACCACCCACUCCACCAUAUAAUUUUUUUACUUCUCCUUCUUGGAAACAUUGA